GAACACUGAUGCAACACACAUGUCAUCGAAACACCGGUUUAUGUCAAUAUAGUACGAGUAACGUUAGAUAAGAACGCAAUCAGAAGGGAAUUGUUAAAUUAAUUCAUUGCACCAUUAUUUGUUACAUAUACUAUGGCUGACUCUUCAGCUUCUGAGAAGAACCCCCAGGGAUCGGGCCCCAAAGAAGGGGCAUCUGGCGACGGAGAAGGGGAGCUCCCGAAAGUUAAGAGCGAGAAGGAGCUGCAGAAGGAACAGAAAAGGCUCGAAAAGUUAGCAAAGUUUGAGGAGAAAAAGAGGAAGAAGGCAGAAACUGAUGCUCAGAAGAAGGCGAAAGUUGAGACUGAGGGUGAGAAGAAGAAGGUAGAGAAGAAAGAGAAAAAGGUGAUUAAAUAUGAAGUGCCUACGAAGGCAGGAGAAAAGAAAGAUACGAAGUGUGCCAUGCCAGAGGCAUACAGUCCAGGCUAUGUGGAGGCUGCCUGGUACGACUGGUGGGUUGAACAGGGAUUCUUCAAGCCGGAAUAUAAUGACCCUGGCAUGGAUACAGAGAAGCGUGGGUUGUUUAUGAUGGUAAUUCCGCCCCCGAAUGUGACUGGAUCCCUCCAUCUUGGCCACGCCCUCACAAAUGCUGUAGAAGACUGCAUCACUAGAUGGCAUCGAAUGAAUGGGAAGGUGACAUUGUGGAACCCGGGCUGUGACCACGCUGGUAUUGCCACCCAGGUUGUCGUGGAAAAGAAACUCUGGCGUGAACAGAAGAAGACCCGCCACGACCUUGGUCGAGAACAGUUCGUAAAGGAAAUAUGGAACUGGAAAAAUGAGAAAGGGGACCGUAUCUAUCACCAGUUGAAGACCCUAGGAGGAUCAUAUGAUUGGGACCGAGCCUGCUUCACCAUGGACGACAAACUGUGCGAGGCAGUAAAGGAAGCAUUUAUUCGUCUCCAUGAGAAGGGCCUGAUCUACCGGAGUGUGCGACUCGUGAACUGGUCAUGCACACUCAACUCAGCCAUCUCAGACAUUGAGGUGGACAAGAAGGAGCUGGACGGCCCAACCUACCUCCCUGUCCCUGGAUACAAGGACAAGGUUGAGUUUGGCUCCCUCAUCUCCUUCGCCUACCCCGUGGAGGACUCAAAAGAUGAGAUCAUUGUAGCCACUACACGUAUUGAGACCAUGCUCGGAGACACAGCUGUAGCUGUCCACCCUAAUGAUGAAAGAUACAAACAAUUCCAUGGGAAGUUUGUGAAACAUCCCCUUAUUGACCGGAGAAUGCCCAUUGUCUGUGAUGAGUUUGUGGACAUGACCUUUGGAACGGGUGCGGUAAAGAUCACACCUGCGCACGACCACAAUGACUACGAGGUUGGGGUUCGCCACAGUCUGCCCUUCCUCACCAUCAUCGAUGAUAAGGGAUUUAUCACCAGCGACUGCGGCGAGUUUGCUGGUAUGAAGCGUUUUGAUGCCCGGAAGGCGGUCCUGAAGGCUUUGAAGGACAAGGGGCUGGAUCGGGGGAAGGAGAAUAACCCUAUGGUUGUCCCUAUCUGCAGUCGCAGUAAGGAUGUGAUAGAGCCGUUGUUGAAGCCCCAGUGGUAUGUCGACAUGAAGGAAAUGGCUGACAACGCUUGCAAGGUUGUAAGGGAAGAGAAGCUGAAGAUUGUCCCUGACUCUCAUAAGAAGACCUGGUUUAACUGGCUGGAAAACUCAAGGGACUGGUGUAUAUCACGUCAGCUGUGGUGGGGUCACCGUAUCCCUGCAUUCUUUGCUGUCAUCGAUGACCCAUCAGUCCCACCAGGCCGGGAUACGGACGGGGAAUACUGGAUCACGGGGCGUGACAUUGAGGAGGCACGUAAGAAGGCUGCAGAGAAGUUCAAGGUUGCUCCGGAGAAAGUCAAGCUGGAACAAGAUCCUGAUGUAUUGGAUACCUGGUUCUCCUCAGCCCUCUUCCCCUUCUCAAUAUUUGGCUGGCCAGAAAAGACACCUGAUCUAAAGAAGUUUUACCCCGGCACGCUGCUGGAGACCGGCCAUGACAUCCUGUUCUUCUGGGUAGCCCGCAUGGUCAUGUUUGGAACAGCCCUCAUGGGGGAACUGCCCUUCACAGAGGUGUUCCUGCAUGCCAUGAUUCGUGAUGCCCAUGGUCGGAAGAUGAGCAAGUCACUAGGUAACGUCAUAGACCCUCUAGAUGUCAUCAACGGAAUCUCACUGGAGGAGCUACACAAUCGUCUUAAGGAUGGCAACUUGGAAGAUAAAGAAUUAAAGAAGGCAAAAGAGGGACAGAAACAAGACUACCCAAAUGGCAUACCAGAAUGUGGGACAGAUGCCCUCAGAUUUGCUCUCAUUGCCUACACUUCACAAGGUCGGGACAUCAACCUGGACGUGCUACGUGUACAAGGAUAUAGGUUUUUCUGCAAUAAACUCUGGAAUGCCACCAGAUUUGCCCUCAUAGCUCUGGGAGAAAACUUCAAACCCAAACCUACAUCUCAGCUGUCAGAUUCUGAAAAUGAGAUGGAGUUGUGGAUUCUUAGUCGACUUUCAUAUGCCGUGGAUACAUGUAAGACAGGGUUUGAGAAAUAUGACUUCCAGCUGGCAACCUCCGCAAUCUACAACUUCUGGCUGUACGAGCUUUGUGACUGGUAUCUGGAAAACAUCAAGCCAAUCAUCUAUGGUUCAGACGCGGAAGCGAAGGUUGUGUGCCAGGAUGUGUUGUACACGUGUCUGGAUGUGGGACUGCGUCUUCUCCACCCGUUCAUGCCCUUCGUCACGGAAGAACUCUACCAGCGGUUACCAAGGAGAUCAGACUCGGUCCCACCCAGCAUAUGUGUCACACCAUACCCAGUUCCCCAAGAUUUCCCGUGGAGAAACAUCAAGCUGGAGGAGGAGGUGGACUUCAUUGUGAAGAUCGUCAAGUCUGUACGCUCUGUACGCGGUGACUAUAACAUCACCAACAAACAGAAACCUGAAUUAUAUGUGCGAUGUUCAGACGAGGAGACCGCCACCCUCCUACGGACCCACACCGACCUCAUCCAGGUGACGACCUUGGCGGGCGAAGUCAAGGUCAUGGUGGAUGAAGCCCCACCUAAAGGAUGUGCCGUACAGACAGUCUCUGCCAAGUGUGAAACACACUUUAUGAUAAAGGACUUCAUUGACAUAGACAAGGAAGUUGUCAAGUUGACUGGGAAGAAGGAACGUCUCCAGGGGCAACUGAAGAAGAUUGAGGAUGCCAUGAAGAAGGACGACUACACCACUAAAGUGCCUGCGGAUGUCCAGGAACAGAACACUAGCAAGCAAUCAGAGUUAUCACAGGAGAUAGAGACACUGGCUGUUGCCAUGGAGAUGUUGUCCACCAUGAAAUAACGCUUCUCAACAACCUUGUGAUGAAAUAAUGCUUUUCAACAAUCUAAUGAUAAAAUUACACUUCUCAGAAACCUAGUGAUGAAAUAAUGCUUCUUAACAGCCUAGUGAUGAAAUAAUGCUUCUUAACAGCCUAGUGAUGAAAUAACGCUUCUCAACAACCUAUUGAUGAAAUAACGCUUCUCAACAACCUAGUGAUGAAAAAACGUUGUCAACAACCUAGUGAUGAAAUAACGCUCUUUAGCAACCUAUUGAUGAAAUAACGCUUCUCAACAACCUAGUGAUGAAAUAAUGCUUCUUAACAACCUAGUGAUGAAAUAAUACUUCUCAACAGCCUAGUGAUGAAAUAACACUUCUCAACAGCCUAGUGAUGAAAUAAUACUUCUCAACAGCCUAGUGAUGAAAUAACGCUUCUCAACAGCCUAGUGAUGAAAUAACGCUUCUCAACAACCUAGUGAUAAAUAACUUUUCUCAACAAACUAGUAAUUCUUUAGAAGAACUACAUGUAUAUAUAGUGCUAACAGAACUUUCAUUUCUUUUAUGAUGUGAUUCUUUGGACAGAAUAUACAAUAAAUUGCCUCUGAUCUA